AUGCUGUGCUCCCGAUUCCGCCCUUCGCUCCUCCGCCCUGCUUCCCUGAGGCUGGUGGGCACCGUGGCCUCCAGGAGGACAGACGUGGAGAAGCAGCCUGAGCUCCUCUCAGCCUCUCUGGCGUUCGAGGAUCCCCGAGCCUUCAGGGUCAAGAGCUUCUGGGAGCUGCUUCGAGCCCUGGGAGUCUUUCGCCUCUGCUCCUUCCCAGUGCUGGUCAACAACUGUGGAAAGCUGAUGUCAAUAGCUCGCACCCUGCUGGGGAGGAGAGGCUUCUCCUUGGUGCUGCGGCCCACCGUCUACGCCCAGUUUGUCGCCGGAGAGAAUGAGAGCGAGAUCUGCCGCUCCAUGGAGAAGAUGAGCUCUCUGGGCAUGAGGCCCAUGCUGGCCGUGCCGAUUGAGGAGGACCUCGGACAGAGCGCCGGAGAGAAACGUUACGACGACAACAUGGAGGCCAUGCUGGAGUGUGUGCGAAUGUCGCACAGCAACGCUUGGAGCAAAGACCCCAUGAUGCAGCUGAAGAUCACGGCCCUGAUCAGCCCCGAGCUCUGUGUGAAACUCACCACCCUCAUGGCCCAUCAGUCCUACGAUCUGAGUCUGCUGGUCAGAGCCAUGGAUGGAGAGGAAGUCACAUUCCCUGGUUUAGAUGAAAACGAGGCCGCUCACUUCCUGUGUGGCCUGCGAAGACUCAACAAAAUAGCAGAGGCGAGUGUCAACAAAGUCAGAGUCCUUGGUGAUGCGGAGUACACUUACAUGAACCCGGCGCUUUCUCUCGUCACCAUGGCAAUGAUGAAAAAGUUCAACCAGGAGAGCGCCUGGAUUUGGAACACCUAUCAGUGCUACCUGAAGGAGUCCAGGUCUCUGCUGUCGGAGGCCCUGCGGCUGUCCAGGACGGAGCCUUUCUGCCUGGGCGUCAAGCUGGUGCGGGGAGCCUACAUGGACAAAGAGAGAAAGCUGGCGCAGCAAGAAGGCCGGGCCGACCCCGUCCACCAGAGCUGGGAGGACACUAACGACAGUUAUAACGGCUCCCUGAAUCUGAUGCUGGAAGCCAUAGCAGAGAAACCAGAGAAGUACAGGAUUAUAAUCGCCACUCACAACGAGGAGUCGGUGAGACGAGCGACCAAGAGGAUGGUCGAGCUGGGGAUGGACAAAGACGGAGGCUCGGUGUGUUUCGGCCAGCUGCUGGGAAUGUGUGAUCACGUCUCUCUCACGCUCGCUCAGGAGGGCUACGCCGUCUACAAGUCGGUGCCGUACGGCUCGGUGGACGACACGCUCCCGUACCUGGUGCGCCGGGCUCAGGAGAACCGCACCGUGCUGCAGGGAAUCCGCAAAGAGAGGGACCUGCUGAGGCGGGAGUUCAAACGCAGGCUGGGCCUGUCGGGGCGGAGCUGA